CUGCCCAGUGCGCCCGUUUCCUCGAUCCAUACGCUUUCCAAGCCAGACUCUCCCGACUUGCUUGCUCAUUCCCUCCCCACUGCCGCCUCAAUUCUCACCAUGCCGAAACGCCGACGCACGACCGUAGACACUUACGAUUCCGAUGCGUCAUUCACUGCCGAAGUGGAAAGCGAUGACUAUGACGGCGACGAUGUUUUCGAUACGAAGGACCAAAAAGGUGACUCGGGCACCGAUGCCACCGAUAUCGACGAUCUCGGCGACGACAAUGUGGAUGUUGAAGACCAAAUCAGGCUCUUCGACAGUAACGUUCAGUCAUCCGAGUAUUGGCGAAGCAGGGUGGAAGCGUUCAAUGAGGAUCCCUUCGCCUGUCAGGAUUACAGCCCUGGGACGACGGUGCUUCUCGACGCCGUGGAGGAGCAGUGGCGCCAGUUCUGUUGUGUUCUCAAGCGCGACCCACAAGAUUGCUACGCAAAGAUCUCGCUCGGCCUCAUGUACAAUUUCUUCGACUGGGUCCUGAGUCAGAAGGUUGGCAAGGACGGUAGGAAGAAACGCGGAACCAAGAAAAAGAGCUCACUGGGCACAUACUGGAAGGUCUUUCGGCUCGUCUUCGAGAGAGCCGUUCUGCGAGAUCUAGGAAAGAAGCACCGCUUAAGCGAGCAGCGCCGAGCUAAUCGUUGUAUGACGAUCGACGACCUCAAGCAGCAGAUCGAGACGACACUGAGCACGACAAAGAAGUCGUUCAAACUUGGAGAGUUACGUAUCCUCGCCGUGCUGUUUCUCCUCCUGCUUGCUCCGGCCGGUUCUCGCCCAGAGGCGACUUUGAAUCUGCGCUUCAAGGACAUCAGGGUCGUACUUGCCAGAGACCCAGACGGUGGACCACACAAGCUUCUCCUACGGUUUACUCCAGAGUUUACCAAAAGCUAUCUUGGAGAGAAGGAACAGAAAACAUAUUCCAUCCCCGAGACGAUGUUCGACCCGUCCUUGCUCCUAAGCCCCCACGUUUUCCUCCUGGGCGUCCUCUUCCGACAUGAAGCUUUCAACGCAUCCAGCCUCACCUCGCCGCACCAUCUUGAUAACCUGGACAUACAUCCCGGCGAGCGGGAGCUGCCACUGCCGUUGAGGGAGGACUUGAACAAUACUUUCAUAUUUCGUCGGGCCAUCGAGACGUUGACGGGCUACCAAAUUUCCAACGAUCGCAUCUCCUCUGGCAUGAUGGCGGCGUGGAUUCAGAGAAUCGGCGAAAUACUCGGCUUCGAGUAUCCUACGAUAGCGUACAACUUACGUUACAAUGCUGCCAAUGCGUUCGAUCAGAGUGUCGACGUCAGCGAAGCCCUCCGGAAUCUGGCUCUAGGACAUGGCAACUCCGAUCCUUUCCAAAGGCACUACCUCGGGCGGAACAUCUCAGCCGACCUUUGGGGUGUCCUUCGGGGUCAGAAGCCACAACAGGCGCUCAUCAAGCAGUCCUGCAGCAUCGGCCACUCCAUCUCCGAGCGCCGCCCUACUGGCCUUACGUCAGAGCAGUCUGCAUCAGUCGUCACACAUCCGACUAUCAGGGACCUGACAAGGGCUCUUCGAGAACUGCCCCAAGGCUCUCAACAGCAUAAAGAAGCUAAACGAAUGAUACGGAACGAAAAGCAGAGGCUUCGGAGAGAACUCAAACAGAAGAUCAGAGAUGAGUGGACUGACAAGCAAGCUACAGACGACAUCGAGCGUCAGAUCCAUGGCGUCGGGUUUGCACACCCUACACUGGGCGACACCUGUCGACCUCAGGGCCCAGCACAAAGACACCUGAUGGCGAAGUUAACCGCCCCGAUCGUGGCCACGCUGGAAGGCCAAUACCGACGGAGGGACGAAGCCAUCAAUGCCGUUUCAGCAUAUUGUCUUGUGCAGGAAGGAUCUCCUGUACCCCGGUCUCGCCCUCAAUCGGCACCAAAGGCCGCAGUCUGUAACCCUACUUCUGAUCCGCCAGAGGGUAGCCGCUUGGAUGUCGCCGUACGAUCCGUUUUCAUCACUCAUGGCGAGCAGCGGCCCAAGAGGUGCUUUGUCUGUGUUGGCCAGGCCCUAGACUUACCUUUGGACGACCGGGGUCAGUUGGACGAACUCACCCAUGAGUUCUACACAUCUAAUGACUUGACCAAACACUUCCGACGCAAGCAUUUGUCCAAAGUCGCCGACGGUGAUAGAUCUGAGUGUAAGGUUUGCAAGAUGACGCUCGAUCACAAGAUGCACCUCCAAAAUCACGCCAUGAAGAUUCAUGGCACUGUGUCUUAA